GAACUGCCCCGUAGGGUGGCCGUGCAAAGCGCAACGGCGCACAGGCAUGCAGUGGUGGCUAUGCUAGUGACGGUUAUAUAACCCUAUUUAACCACGUUUAACCUUGACGACAACUACCACUACCAGCUACCCCGUCUCGCUAUCAUUCCCUUCUCCGGGCCCAUUUUUACCUUCUCUACUUUCAUUCACCUUUUUUCUUCCGAUGGCUCCUUCAUUCACCUCCGAUGACGCUCUCGACCUCUUGUUUCCCGCUGAGCUCAUCUGCCCACAAGUCAAAAAGCAGCUACCUGCUGAUUUGCAUAUCCGCCCCUUGGCAUCCACCGACUACCACCGUGGCCAGCUUGACGUACUUUCUGUCCUAACAGUCGUGACAGACCCGGGCGAGCCGGCAUGGGUUGCCCAGUUCGAUGCCAUGCGUGCUGCCCCAAAGACGUACUACCCCAUCGUCAUCGUCGACAAAGCUUCCGACCGCAUUGUUGGCGUGGGGUGCGUGUUCAUAGAGCGCAAGUUCCUACGUGGCCUGGGAAGCGUCGGACAUAUCGAGGAUAUAGCCGUCGAUAAGAACCAGCAGGGAAAGAAGCUCGGGCUGAGAAUCAUCCAGGCCCUGACGUACAUCAGCGAGAACAGUGGGUGCUACAAGACGAUACUGAACUGCAGCGAUGCGAAUAUACCGUUCUACAAGAAAUGUGGCUAUGAGAAGAAGGAGAAUGAAAUGGUGAGUGCCGGCAAGUUAUCUCACGCGACGUUUACCUCACUGUCUUCCCCAGGCAAAGUACGCUCCCGAAGAGAAAGUCAGCACGCCUAGGCUAUGAACGGACGAGUCUCAGUAUACCCUAGACGAUAGACCAGUUUCCAUCUUUAGGUCCCAGGACGUUUUUUUCAACAUUGUAAAGUAACCACAUCCUAUUGAAACCCUACGUCGAACACGAGUUGUAUAAUAACGUUACGUGUAACCGUUGCUAAGCGGGCAUUCCAGCACCAGAAUGCCGAAUUUUCUUUUCGAUUGCUCGUAUGACCUCCAUCUCAUAUAAGAGAAUCGUCGCAGAUGUUGAACAAUCCUACAUUUCCUCCUUCAU